AUGGCGGCUCAACCACUCCUGAAGGCCGGCUUAAGGAGAUCAAUUGGGACGGGCAACAAUACCAUGGUCUGGUCUGAUAAUUGGCUCCCGGAUGCCAAGCCAAGACCCGCUACUCCCUGCGGUCCUUCCUUCAACCCGAACCUUCGAGUAAGCGAUCUUAUUGACCCGACGUCCCAUGCCUGGAACCUUACGAGGCUCCAAAGCAUAAUCGCAAAAGAAGAUGUGCCGUUGAUCAUGAGCCUGCGUAUCCCCCGAACUCAGCGCCUUGAUAGCUACUGUUGGGCUCCCACAAAGUCUGGAGCUUACACAGUCCAGUCGGGGUAUGUUCUCGCGACAGAACUCGACUCCGCACAUGCCCUCCCGUCUGUCUCCGAGCCUAGUACUACCUGCCUAAAAGCAAAGGUCUGGACUCUUAAGACCUCGAGAAAGAUUAAACACUUCAUUUGGAGUGCACUAUCAGAUAGUGUCCCCGUAUGCAGUCGUCUCUCCGACCGUCACUGCAGUAUAGACAGAUACUGCCCAAGGUGUGGCGCCGACGACGAAUCAGUAAACCAUUUACUAUUCGAAUGCCCACCUUCUGCCCAGACAUGGGCUCUCGCUCACAUACCUCAUUCUCCGGGGCUUUUCCCGAGCUCAUCGACUUACAGUAACCUCAAUCAUCUCCUCUGGCCGGCAAAAGGACUAGGCGUCCCGUCCUCGAUCCUAGAUAAUGUGCCAUGGAUUUUGUGGUUUAUCUGGAAAGCCCGAAACGAUAAAAUUUUCAAUGGAGCAGACAUCUCUCCGCUUGAUACUGUCCAGAUCGCCUUGUCUGAAGCAGAUAACUGGAGGCUCGCACAGAUCAUACAUAAAGCUCAUGCUGAUGAAGAGUUUUUGCCUCAAACCAGCGCACAACCCCUCGGCCACCGUUGCUCUUUUGAUGCCUCAUGGCACCAAGACGACGCACUUUUUGGCGGAGGUAUGGUCCUGACGGAUAGGGAUGGGGAAAAGACCUUUGGUUCAUUCACUAGUAACCGAGGCUUAACCCCCCUACACGCCGAGCUUCACGCUCUGCUGUGGGCCAUGAAAUCCACACUCCAACUGGACCACCUAGAUAUGACCUUUGAAACUGAUUGUCAACAACUGGUCAAGAUCAUCGAAGACGAAAAAGAAGAAGACUGGCCAUCCUUAAUGGUCGAAUUUGAAGAGUUUUACUAUCUGCAUUCUAUGUUUAAUUCUUGCUCCUUAUGUUUUAUUCCCCGUUCCUGCAAUGUCCGUGCCGAUGGCCUUGCAAAAGGUGCUCGAGCCCGUGGUGUUAUCUUUUCCCAUGUAAACUCUAGACUCCCUUGCUGGAUGGCUCAAACCAACCACUCGGAGCUUUCUUAA